CGAAAAGCGAAAGAUGCGAUGAUCUUCGAAUGGACUCACAGGGACAUGGAUAGGAAAUGCUAUAAGAGCGAGCCUUCUUAUGUUCCGAUCAUAGAGGUGUGGAACAAAUGCGACAUUCUGCGCGACCAAGACAUCGCAGAGGGUAGGCAUAAGAGUGCAGAAACCAAAAGUGGUUCCGCUGUGGAAGAUCCUAAUUCAUCAUCCGCAGCUGGUUCGACCUUGUCGGGAUCAAUUAACACCCCAGGAAGUGUGAAGCAUGCGGUUGCGGCCUCCAUGGGUGGAAACAAGGCUUCGUUGACAGAACAAAACAGUGAUGGGGGAUCGGAGGGAUCUGGGAAGCACACGAAAUUUUUCAGUACGAAGAAGAUCGACGAGUUUGCGUUCUCGACACCCGUGUAUGGCGCCGACGUUAACGGUAUCCAUUUUGGUAGCAAGGACAAGCUUGCAGUGGCCAGUGUGGUGAACGCAGAGACGCGUCCAGCGACUAUGAACCCGAAGAAAGUUUUCGAACAGUACCGAAAUCCAUUUGUAGGCACAGGCAGUAAGAAACUGAGGGAUGCGAUUUUAGAGCGAAAGCAGAAACUUCGGGAAGCACGGAAUGCCCAGGACUCAAGUGUCGCGGCUUCUGGCGCGGUGCGGAGCAUGACCGGACGCGACUAUGCUGGCACUGAAAGUAGUAACGCUCUUACUAAUGAGCACGAGGAAGAAGCAGAAGCCAACAUUAAGGCUGAAAAAAUCACCGAGGAUGCUACCAGUACGACUACGGUUCCAAGCCGCGACGAGCUUCAGAAGAUGGGAGAAGCGCUUCUGGCGGGAUCGAAUGAUACUCGUACGCAAGAAACCGGUUCAGGAUGCUGGCGCAUGAUGUCAAAGGAUUUAUCCUAUACAGGAACAGUGAAGGCUCAUUAUGAGGACCGGCGUGAGAAGUCGAGCGAAGCCGCACGCUCUGACGAUGUAGAAGUAGGGACUACUCAGGAGCACGUUCUAGGCGCUGCGGGAAGCGAGGAGCAGGGCGACACUGACGGGUGUUCAACAGCAGCUGAGAAAUCCUCUGCUAAAGCGUGCGGUAGCAGUAGGUCCGAUUUGGGGUAUGGCACGAGAGUCUCUUUAUGCCAAGACGACGCGCACUUGAACACGCCUUCAUCUGGCUCUAGAAAUCGCGGUCCGACGAAUAAAAAGAGGCACAUUUCGCGGUUUGCACAGUCAUCGCUCUAUUGCGAUUCCUUGGAGCCGUUGCUUGAGCAGGCAUCUCGGCUCCAGAUCUCACAUCGUAUGCCAAUAUUGACCUCCGCCAGGACCGGAGAAGGCGUAGAGGAGUUACGGGAUGUGCUCGAGUGCGUGUUUAAGUGGAAGCGUAGGUCGGAGUUUUUCAAUGCGAAACGUGAAGAGUACCCCUUGAGCGCUGUGCAGGCAGACGCGGAACAUCUGCAGGUAGUGAAUUAUCGUCCACCAGCGAGCACUUUCAGUGAGGCAGAACAUUUUGGGCCGGCUGUUGCUAGUAGCGCAACAGAAGGGAACAUGAAUGAGUUAAUGCUCGAUGAAAUUGAUUUCCAGGGGUCAUUUGCUUCUGUUUCCUUCUUAGGAUUCUGAAGAAAUGAAGGCAGGAAGUGAAUUGUUUUGAGCUCUAAGUGAGGAGGAAGAAAAUGACGACCCAUUGGCGGAGAAGGCAGCGACUUGUUUUGGGAGUAGAGCGGGUAUUCGCACUAACACACCCGACAGGUCUUUUUUCCCGUCUGCAGAUCCCGGACGGGAUGGUGGAGGAUGUCAUGCACGGGAUACAGUUUCGGUAAGGAAGAAGCUCCGUGGUCACGGAAUAGAUUUCAUACCGAAAAGGACUGCGUGGUCUGCGGAUGCUGAUGGAGGUUUUUCUACCAAAGAACCUCCAAAAGCAAGUUUAAUCCCGGAUAAAAGACCAGUUCCUCCCAGAAAAGCCGGCUUCACAGGCACCGUAAAACAGACAAAUUUUUCCGAUUUCGUGCGCUCUACGGAGCAAAGCUCGCAACAAUAUGGUCAGAGCAAUUCGCCAUGCGUAGUAGAAAAAGUGAAUGAAGAAGCGACAGCCGUUAGGGUUCCGUGCGACAUCGAGAGCAAGAGACAACUUUCCGCACCUGAGGGGGACUUGAUGCAAGCUUCGAGCUCAUCUUCGCUUGGAGAUUCUUGUUUCCAAUCUUCUUCUUCCAUUGGCUUUUCUAAUGACGGCGCAAAACAGGGCGAUUCAGCAUUGAAUGCUCUGCACAGUGUCUUUGCCGCGAAUGAGACACGGAAACAGAAGAAAACAGCAGAUGCGGAUACUGCGGGCACGAUAUAUUCUGCGUCUUCAACGACUGGCAUCAAUGUCAACCGGACUGAUUACCGAAAUGACACUGUACGAACUGCAUCUUCAGUCCACCAACCGAGUCAAACCCAGCUGGUCACCGUAGGACCAAGGGAGCCUGGAUUUGUCUUCGUGCGUAAUCAUGGGGUGUUGCGGAAGGUGCUAGACGAUGGCAGCGUAGAAGUCUGGCUGGAUCCAAUGGAUUACAACAAGUUGGAGAAAAUUCGCGAAGAAAGAGCACUCGAAUUAGCAUGGGCUAGGAGGCAAGACAAGCGCGUGUCGCGGCGACUAACGGCUUAGAGGCUCUGACGGCUAACGGCGAACGGCUUCAUCAAAAAUAUAGAGACUCUUCGUAAAUUCAUUACAUUUAAUAACUGGAUUACCAUUGCGUCAACAAAAAGAAAUCCUAAAGUUGGAAGGGAAAACAAGAAAGUAGAUAGAAUGUAAAAAUGCAAGGGAAACAACGAGGCAACAUGGGGAAAAGAAUUGCUAAAAGAUCAUCGUGCGUAUCGCAAGUGGUGGAGAAAUCAUCAUGGAUACCUAAAUCUGUCCUGGAGAAAUCGUCAUGGGUAUCGACAAUGCUGGAGGAAUUUUUGUGGAUAUCAAACACACAAUAGAUGAUCACUCGAAGAGAAGGAAAGUGUGCAAUUGCGGUGGACCGCUCUCAACGUGCAGCUACAAAGAAAAGUAGCAUGCCUUCUGAAGGAACAGAAGCAACAAGAAAAAAGCAAUACAGAUUUCACCUGAGG